UUUUUUAUCACGGACCAAGAUGCAUGCCGUUGGAUUUAUGACUUUGCUGCUGCUAAGCCUAUGCCAGUGUCAGGAGGAGAUCGUGAGGAACGACUUCGAAGGUCCGAAUGAGGAUGGCUCUUACAAGUUCGCUUAUCAGACACAGGGUGGCAUCUAUCACGAGCAACGUGGCUCGCUUCAAGGGCAAGAGCCGGCGCUGGUUGUGGAAGGGCAAUACCAGUACACGGCGCCCGACGGACAGGUGAUAAACGUGAUCUAUAGAGCAGACGAGAACGGUUUCCAAGCGACGGGCGACCACCUCCCCACCCCACCCCCCAUUCCGCCGGCGAUACAGCGCGCCCUCGACUAUCUGAAGACCCUACCACCGUCGGAGAAUGACUAUUAAAAUUAU